AUGGAACAUGGCGUGGAGAGCGAAGCCAUGAAACUCAGAGGAGAAGAGGGAGAGGAGGGAGAGGAGGGAGAGGAGGGAGAAGAGGGAGAGGAAGCUAAGUUCGACAUAGAAGACGUGGAUGGCUCUGAUGAUGAGGACGCCCUUGUCUCUCAGGACCACGAGGAGGAGGAGAACAGUCAACGACGGCAGCGCAGCAUUCGAUGGGAAGUCAAGGGUGACGCAUGCCCCUUUAUGCAGCUCCAGCAUGGAUCAAAAGUGCGACUGAAGGAGAAGCAUGUAGGAAGAUGGAAAAGCGUCGGGACAGAGGAAUCGUUGGUGUGGGGAGUGCAUUUCCUUGCGGUGCGAGUUGCCGGGCAGCGGGUGCUCACAUGUGGGGCAGGGGAUGUGGGGGGAGGAUGGAUGGUGGGGAUGUGCAACGAGAAGCUUGUCGGGCAGGACGUCACGGCCAUGACGGAAGACCCUUCGUCAUGGUUGGUCGCGAUCAUGAAUAGCGUGCGGGGGUCUCCCGGGAGGAUCGUGAUGAAACCGGCGUCGCUCUCUUCCUCCAAGAACCUCAUGUCGGCAGGAGCGAUGGGAACGAAAGGGGACGAGGUGACGUUCCCUCACGGCUCCUCCUUCCUUGCCGACGAUGUCGUGAUGAUGCGGGUCGACCUUGAUGCACGGUCAGUUGCUUUCUUUCACAACAGCAAGCACGUCAGGACCUUGUACUUGCGCAUGUGCGAUGUUCCAUGCAAGCUGAUGGUGGCGUCUGCGAGCUGCCGGGUAGAGUUUACACUCUUGUCACAAGAUAUGCUGAACGCGUCUGAUGUGGCGAGGGACAGGAAGCAGCUGGAACAAGCCUUAGUAGAUGGCGACUGGAGGCUGGCAGACAUGCUGGUGAUGAACGGGGCGAUGACAACGAGGGAGUGGCUGCAGGAGCUCGCGCUCGUGUCCCUGGGCAAAGUCUGCAGGACUCUUGACAACGUGAUGCACAAGGGCUACGGGUUGAAGGAGCUGCCGCUCGGGCUAUCCAAGAUCCUGAGCGAGGAGGAGAAGAAGGCUGUUGAGGAGGAGGAGGAGGAGGGGAGGAGGAAGAGAGCAGAAGGAGUGGAGAAGAGCGGGAGUUUGACCUGGCAUCCCUUGAUGUCAAGGGCCAACGAUUGCAAUGAAGAGUACCGGAGGGCAAGAAGUGAGGUGAAAAAACAUGGCACAACGAUGGUGGACGAUGACGAUGACGAUGACGAUGACGAUGACGAUGACGAUGACGAUGACGAUGAUGAUGAUGAUGAUGACGACGAUGACGAUGAUGAUGAUGAUGAUGAUGAUGAUGAUGAUGAUGACGAUGAUGAUGAUGAUGAUGAUGAUGACGACGAUGAUGAUGACAACGAUAACGAUGAGGAGAAGGAUCAUGAUGAUGAUUUCACAGACGAGCACAACAUUCUCGCUGACAGGAUGACGGAGGACUCCGUUGCCUCUGCUGGUCUCGAGGACUUCAGCCUCGUGCUCGACCGUCAGAAGGAGAAGAUGCGAUUAAGAUCGCUCUCCGAGGACCUCGACAGGAGGCUGGCAUUCUACCAGAAGGAACUUGCGGCAGCGGAGGAGAAGCUGAGCACGGCGAGGAUGGCGAAGGAAGAGGCGCAGAGGCUGUUGGACGCGAAGAUGAGGGAGAAGACGUCAAGGUUCUUAUCCUUGAACGCGCAGCUCCAGGAUGUCGUCUUUGAGAAGAGCGCAAAGCGCGUCACCUUCAGUGCUCCUGACGAGAAGGCCGCAUAG